GUGAAUUCAUAUUCAUCCAUUCAUUCUCAUUGUAUGCGAUCCAGAAGAUCCAUUUUUAGAGACAUGGAGAGUGAGUCGUGGUCAGUGACGAAAACCCUGAACGGUUCUCACCUGUUCGUGGUCGAAGGUUACACUCUGUUGAAGGGAAUCGGCGUUGGAAAACACGUCAAGAGUGAGAAGUUUGACGCGGGAGGACACAGGUGGAUCAUAUACUUGUACCCUGAUGGCAAGUACCCCGAAGAUAACACCGUUUUCAUUUCUGUUUACCUUGCACUCGUUUCCUUAGCCACCAAUGUUCGUGCCAUCUUUGAAUUCACCUUGCUCGACCAGAGCGACAAAGGGGAGCACAUGGUCAAUGACUACUUCACCACCAACCUCAUCGAUGGACCCCAAAUUUUCCACUUUGGCUCCUUCUGGGGGAUCAGGCAUUUUAUCGCAAAGGAUAAACUGGAGAAGUCGACAUUCCUCAAGGAUGACUGCUUGAAGAUAAACUGCGUUGUUGGGGUUCCGGUAACGAGCGUAGAAGUUCCCAAGCCCCUGGUGAAUAUUCCUAAGUCUGAUAUUGGAUCAUAUUUUGGGAAGCUGUUAGAGAAUGAGAAGGGAUCAGAUGUUACUUUCUUGGUUGGUGGAGAAAGGUUUCGUGCUCAUAAGCUUGUUUUGACUACUAGGUCAACGGCAUUCAAGACUAUGUUUCUCACUGGAAAGCAGGAGGAGGGUCCUAAUAGUGACAAAUGCAUUGUAGUUGAUGGCAUGGAACCUAAGGUUUUCAAGGCUUUGAUUCAUUUUAUUUAUACAGACACUCUUGAAGAAGAUGAAGAGCUCUUAAUGUCAUGCUCAGAAUUUUUACCUUCGUUAUCUGAAUCAUUUCCUGGGAAGUUGCUAGUUGCUGCACAAAAGUAUGGUUUUCCAAGACUUGAGUUGAUGUGCCAAUCUGCAAUUGCCAAAGAAAUAUCUAUAGAUUCUGUUGGUUAUAUUAUGGAUUUUGCUGAUCGUAAUCAAGCUGAAGAAUUGAAGUCCCUGUGUCUAAAAUUUUCUACUAAUAACGUUGUUGGUGAGUCUUAACCCUCCCACCCAAGUCUACAUAUUUGAAUUCAUAUAGUCACCUACAUUUUGGCUUGUAAAUAUUCUCAUGGUUAUUUUGGUGUAUGCAU